CACACACACACACACACACACACAGUAACUGCAAAUGAUGAGAAUAUGAUACAGCAUCAGUUGUGGAGUACGAGAAGGAGCUUAAACCUGAAUCAGAAGUUUGAGGUGGAUUAAAGUAUUUUUAACAUAUCUGAGGAGCUCAAGUGAAACAGAGAAGAGGGAGACAGAGGAGAGGUGAGGAGGACAAGGGGAGGGUGGGGGUGAGAGCUGUGGGAAGGACAGAUUGGAGAGGAUAGAGGAAGAAGCCCUGAUGUCACCAGGAUUGUUCAUCAGUAAGCAGGAGCUGUCAAGACGUUCUGCCUUUCCUUCCCGCCAGGCGUCGGUUCUCCAGGCCCUCCGGGCCACCCAGCAUGAAGGAGACACCAUGGGCUUUCUGGAAAACUAUCAGGAGAUUGAUCCAGUGACUUUGAACCUUUGCAUCCUCAUUGCCAGCUACGUUAUCUUGCUCCUUGUCUUCCUGAUAUCCUGUAUCAUGUAUGACUGCCGGGGCAAAGAUCCCACUAAGGAGUACGCCCCGGACCCACAGCCCACCCAGUCUCCCAUCAGGCUGGUGGUGAUGCAGAGCUCCUCUGCGCCAAUGGGACGGUGGGACACGGCCAACAUGAUCACCACCUACCACGAACCAUCACACUCAGACUACAGGGAGAAGAAGAGCACGAUGGUCUGACAGGCUCUAAGCCGAUAAAGUCUGUCUUUUGUACACACAUUUCUUUUUACGUUUCUUUUUUAUACGCACAUGAUGUUUGGACUUGAUCUACACACGAUCAGAAUCAAGAGGUAAGAGAGAGCAUGUGUUGGUGUACUGUGUGGUGGAAAGAUCCCUCUUUAGCUGAAGGAUCUGAACCCAGUGCCUGCUGUAUGCUCCGGGAAGGAAACGUCACGGCUAAUAGAGCUCAGGGAAUAAAGAGGGCUGGGUCCAAGGAGGGCUUUAGGAUUAAGGUCAGGGUUUGGAAAACAUUCACCAAAGAGCUAUUGAUCACAAACUGGUGGCAUGCCUUAGUUUAGUUUUAGAACUAAAAACUUUUAAGAGAGGCUGCACAGUGGCUCAGUGGUUAGAGCUGUUGCCUUGCAGCAAGAAGGUCCUGGGUUCGCUUCCCAGCCUGGGAUCUUUCUGCAUGGAGUUUGCAUGUUCUCCCUGUGCAUGCGUGGGUUCUCUCCGGGUUCUCCGGGUUUCUCCCACAGUCCAAAAACAUGACUGUUAGGUUGACUGGUCUGUCUAAAUUGUCCUUAGGUGUGUGUGUGUGUGUGUGUGUGUGUGUGUGUGUGUGUGUGUGUGUGUGUGUGUGUGUGUGUGUG